UUUAUUAAAUAUAAUUUUCAGUUAUUUCAAAAAAGUUUCCGUAGACUAUAUCAGAAAUUGCCCUCAAAAAUUCAUUUCCACAACUCAAUAUUGGGAGUCCGAUUGGGUGAUCUGAAUACAAUUAAAUUAAGUUUUUUACAAACUAAACAAAUUUUAAAUAUAAAAAAUUUGCUAAAAAAUUGCCAACUUUCCACCCUGCACAUAUUUUUUUUCUUAUUAAAUACACUGCAAUUAAUUCCCUUGCCCACCAAACAUAACUAAUUUUUGUCUAUUCUUUAGUCUUUAAAGUUUAAUCAAUUAAUUACAAUAAAAGCUAUUUAAUUAUUUUUUGAUAAUGAAUAGUAGACAAAAUAUUUAUAUUUUAAACUUCCCAUUUUGUCUUGCAAAAUACAAAAAAGAUUUUUUAAAUAAUAAUUUAAGAAGGUAAAAAUAUUAAUUAAACUUUCUUUCCCAAUCUCUCCCACACAUUUUAAUUCUCAUUUAAAUAUUUUUUAAAAGAAUUCUUCUUUCUCCAUUUUCUACAACUUCUUUAAUGUCAAAUGAAGAUAACAAUCACAACCCAACACAAAAUGGAAAAGAAAAACCGAUUAAUGGCCAUAAAAUUAUCUUAACAUCAGAUAACUGGACGGGAGCACAUCAUUCGAUAUCUGAAGCUUUGCUUAGACAUUCUGCUGGUUGUGAUAAAGCUUAUGGGGCUGGGGAUUUGGAUAAGAAAAUUGAAAGAACUUUUAAUCAAAUUUUUGAGAGAGAAGUUGCUGUCUAUUUUGUUGGAACUGGAACAGCCGCAAAUGCAUUGGCAAUGGCAUAUUUGAACAGGCCAGGAGGAAUAAUUUUCGCUCACAAACACGCUCAUUUAAUUGAGGAUGAAUGUGGGGCUCCCGAAUAUUUUACUGGGGGUGCUCGAAUGUUUGGGGUUGAUGGGGCUUUGGGGAAGAUGGAUUCAGAGGAAUUAAAACAAGUUAUUGCACGUUUUGCUGCCAAUCCAGGCCAUGUUCAUUCUGGACAGGCAAUGGCUGUUUCUAUUACACAAAGUACAGAAAGUGGGACAGUUUAUUCAUUAGAAGAAAUUAAACAAAUUUCUAAAAUCGCCCAUGAUAAUGGCCUUCCACUUCAUAUGGAUGGUGCUCGUUUUGCAAAUGCAUUGUGUGCUUUAAAUUGUACUCCUGCAGAAAUGAGUUGGAAGGCUGGGGUUGAUAUUUUAUCUUUUGGCGCAACAAAAAAUGGUUGUUGGUGUGCUGAAGCUAUUAUUGUGUUUAAUGAUAUACAACAAGCUGAUCGCAAUUUCCCUUAUCUUCGAAAACGUGCUGCUCACCUUUUCUCAAAAACUCGUUUCGUUGCUGCUCAAUUUGAGGCUUAUUUCCGAGAUGAUCUUUGGCUUAAAAAUGCCCGUCAUGCAAAUAAAAUGGCCACUCGUCUAGCUUCAAUCAUUCAAUCUUCAAAUAGUUGUAGACUUGCCUGGGAAGUUAGAGCAAAUGAAGUUUUUGUUGUUAUGAGCCGAAGUAUUGUUGAAAUGCUUAAAGAACAGGGAACGUGUCCAUUUUAUGGAUGGAAUGUGCCUGAUAGGGAGAGAAAAGAAUUAAAUCUUGGCCAAGAAGAAGGACUUUAUCGUCUUGUUGCUACUUUUGCUACUACAAAAAACGAAGUUGAUGAAUUUGGAAAAUUGCUUUCUCGUUUCUCUUAAAUAUUCUACAAAAAUAUAUUUAAUUAUUUGA